GCGGCAGGCACGCAGCGUGCGACAAAAAAAAAAAGGGGAAAAGGGCGAGAGAAUACAGCGGAAGACGACAAAGUACUACCGUGGGGAGGGUGGGACAAAAAGUACUACCAAGGAAAGGACAACAUGGCGGCGGGGGCGAGGUCGAGGUACUACCAACAAGACAAGGCACGUCCUUGGUACGCCAAGCGGAAAACGCAAAAAAAAAGAAGUAAAGAAAAACGUACAUUUUCCCAAUGUGGCGGGCGGAGGCCCGCGUGGCGCGGAGGGGGCAGGCGGCGGGUGAUGGAAAGGUGGAGAGGCGUGGGUCGGGAGGCCGUACGGCGCGCAGGGGCGGGCCGGCGAGAGUCGCCCAGGGGAUCGACGGGAGCUGGUGGCUUGCCGCGCGGAGAGCUGGGGUCGUUCGCGGAGGAGGGCAGCCGAAGCGCGGGCGAGACGGGGUGGGCAAGCCGGGGGAAACCGCGGCGAAAGGGGAGAAAGGGGGCGAAGUGAGCGCGCAGCCGGGGAUUGCUGGUGGGGGCAGGUGCUCUCUGCUCUCGGCUAUCUGUUCCGUCGUGCUGCUCUGCGAUCGGGACGGUCGUAGCGUAUCCCGAUCGGGGUCGAGGGAAGGCAAGGCGGUGCGAUUUGUUGGCAGCGAGAGACACCCAGCAAUGGUUAGCAAGCCAGCGGCGGGCGAGAGAGGAAGAGAGACGGCACAGCGAGCGCCGAUGAAGCGCGUGUGUUGUCCUGCGGCGGUCUCGUCGUGGAGAGGACGAGAAGCGAAGGGAGGCGGAGGCGGAGGCGGAAUACGAGUAGCGCCGCGGAGACUCCUACCUGCCAUGGCGGACCCGAAGGCGGCGAUGGUGGCGGGGGGCGCCUUUCUGAUCGGCGCGUGCUUUGGCGCCUACUUCUAUCAGGGUCCUAUUCGCGCCAUGUUUGCCCGGAAGCGCGGGAAAAAGAUGUUCACUGUCAAGGACUGGGACACAUGGGGGUUUAAGGUGACCCCCCCGGCGGAGGAUCGAUUCAGUAAUGACUUGCAGCGCCACUACUUCCACGGUCAUUACCACCACCACCACCAUUCGGACGCUCCCUGCUACGAUAACAAUCUUGAUGACUCUGGUGCCGCCCCGUACGAGUCAUGGCCGCCGCCUCACGCCGACGGCGCCGCCGGCUGCCGCGGCUUGUCCUCCGUCGUCAACUCCAGGCAAGAUGCCACGGACGUUCAUUACGGCACGCUCCUGGAGUUGGGCCACAAAACCUGCGUGCUGGAAGCCCAGGAGGAUCGCGCCAAGCUCGCCGACGCCAUGACCAAGGACACCAUCACCGAGCAGCAGUUCAGUCGUAACCGCGAGUUGUUUGGCAUAGAAGGCCAGCUGCGCGUACACGAAGCCUUCGUCGUCGUCGUCGGCCUCGGCGGCGUUGGCAGCCAUGCGGCCUUGCAUCUCGUUCGGACCGGAGUCGGCAACAUCCGGAUCGUAGAUCACGACCACGUGACCAUCUCAUCGCUCAAUCGCCACGCGGUGGCAAACAGGGGGGACGUGGGCCACCCCAAGGCCGUGGUGAUGAAGCAUCACUUUAACAGGAUUUUCCCCGAGUGCAAUGUGGACGCGCAGCCAGUGAUGUUGACAGCGCAUUCCGCGGACGAGCUGCUGUCAGGCUCGCCAGACUUCGUUCUCGACUGCAUAGAUAACAUCGACACCAAGGUCGCGCUGUUGAAGACCUGCUUUGACAAGCGCAUUCCGGUCAUCAGCGCCACGGGAGCGGGGACAAGGAUGGACGUCACUCGGGUUCGUGUCGUCGAUAUCAAGGACAGCGCUGUCGAUCCCUUGGCAAGGGCCGUACGACAUAGAUUGCGUCGUCUUCACAACAUUACAGAGGGUAUUCAAGUCGUGAUAUCGACAGAGCCGCCGAGAAGAAAGCCGCUGCCACUGGAGGAGUGCGUGGGAUUAGAGUAUGAUUGCAGCAGCACCGAUCUGAGUGAUUUCCAGAUGCUUCCCAACUUCAGGAUCCGGACCAUUCCGGUAUGCAGUCCAGUGCCAGCCGUUUUCGGUGCAGCGAUGGCGGCGCACGUGGUGGCGGCACUCGCUCAACAGGAGCUUUACCCCGAACCUGUGGUUCGGUUCACGGAGGAACAGUAUCGUGUACUCUAUGAUAGGUUGUUGCAGUCGGAAGAGGAUGGGCUGGUGGAUCUGGACCUCAACGAUGUGGUGUACCUUGUGAAGGAGCUGUGGCAGGGGCGGAGCGCGCGGGACCCGCAUGCGCACGGGGAAGGCGGACGUGCAAGGUUCCGCGCCGUGAAUAGCAUGGGGCUAACAAGAUGGGAUAGGUCGCAGCCCGCCUCGGUUUCGAAUAUGGUGCUGCUGACUUUCCAGGAGAUUGAAGCGCACGAAAGGACAACCCUGGAGCAGAUACGCAUGGAGGAACCGGAAUACUAUGAGAGAGUAACGUGCUUGUUGAAAAGAGCGUCAGCCGAAAAUGAGUUUUUAUCGUGAGACCCUGGUGGGGAGGAGAGAGGGAACAAAAAGAGAAUGAGAAGCAAAUCGUGCAAGGGAGGGUGAGAGGAUGGCUACUAGUCGUCUCUCUCCCCCUUUUCAUGCGAAUUGCAUUCGGCUUGGUAGGCCCCGUGGUCUGACGGUGCCGUGUUUUUCUCCUGCUGCCAAAGCUGCCUGCAUGCACCAGCGUUUGUAAUUUGCUGUCUCCGACGCUGGCCCCGAUGGUGUGCCGGAGAUUGUUGGCGGCAAAAGCACACAUUGAGACGUUGUCCAAUCCGGGAAUGUCGGCGACGGAAGGGUUGUCGUCUCUGCUACGGCUGGCUGUAGCUUGAUUGACUUGGCGGCGGCGCCUGUUCAAUCUCAUUCGACGGAGGGCAUGCUCGCAGUAGGACCAUUUUUACCCCGCUCUGGACUCGAUUACGGUCAGAUGUGUCAAGUCUGUGUGUAAUUGCAGUCAGAUACAUUAAGGAAAGUGCCAGUGUGAGUAUGCCCUGAGUUUCAUCAAGGAGAGCUGAAAUACUCUACUGAGGCUGUAUUCGCUGGCUGAGUUGGUCCACUGCACUCUUCACCCUCGUACCUCAUCGCAGCACCCAUCUCCGUUGUUUUUUCUUCUUUCUGUUAGUUGUUAUUUUGAGACUCCGGGCUUGUCGUGACUUGUAUUUCAUCUGUCAGUUUAUUUACAAAUAUUUAUUUCGUAUUUAUAUAUCCCUGACAACGACGAUGGUGGUGGACUGGUCCUACGCUCAAGAGGAGUCUGUGGCAUCUACCAUUCGGACUUCUUGCUCGUACUCCUGGUCGUUCCGAGGAAGGCGGGCGCAGCAGUAGCAGCAAUAACUGCAGAGGAAGAGGGAGAAGAAGCAGCAUUGGGCCUUGUGCUUGGCUCUGUGAACGAAGCAUGCAUUGGGCUUGGUCCACAUUCCUGGGGAAGAAGAGCGGGAAAAACGCCAUCAUUUAUUUUCCGCUGAAUGGCCUGCUGAGGGAGGAAGAAGAAGAAGACGAAAAGUGACAAGCAGAGGCCCGCGGAUGUUCUGGCGCAAUAGCAGGAGACAAAGAAGGAAGCACUCUCGGUGGAUAUCCCUGAGCUGGCUGCAUGUGGAGAGGUCCGGGUAGGCGUUUCGGAGCGGAAGGGGCAUUCAAACUGUCCUUUGGGUUCUCUCCUCGAGCGUGCAUCUGGCGGCAGCAGCAGAAGAGGAAGAACCGUUGAAUCCUGACCGUUGGUUCCCUCAAGCAGAUGUUUCGGGGCAGCAGCAGGGGAGGGAGGAGAAGGCAUGGAACUUAACCUCUGGUUCUGUCAAGGAGUGAUUCUGGGUCCGACCUCGGCCGUUAAAGGACAUCUCAGUGAUUAUGUCUUUGAAUGUUCUGCUCUAGAGCACAGGAAGGGAGAAGGAAGAACUAGGAAGAAAAAGGAGGAAGAAGAGAAGAAGAAGAAGAGGCAUUCGUUUUUGCUGCGUGGCCAUCUCCGAUGGAAGGAGGAGGACAAGGGAAUGGAGGCUUCAUGAGGGUUGGAAUCUGUGGAGACAGGAUUGGGACGAUAGAUGCGGCGGAGACAUGGGCUGUUCAUGCCUACUGUCAUUGCCUGAACGCAACGCAACCUGUCUAUGGCUGUACCGGACUGGAAAGAUCCCUUCUAUACAUUCAUUAGCAGGGUGCGUUGUGUUCGGGGGAGGAUGGUAGCACGCAUGAGUGGAGUGGUUUUGGAUUGGAGGCUGUGGUUCUGACGAUUUCAGACUGCGAGAAGAGGAAGAGAAGAAGAUAAAGAAGAGCGGUUGAGCGUUGUGCCUGGCAGGUCUGAUAGACGGCGUGGUUGGACAGGAGGACAGUUCUUUUUUGUUGCUUUGCCGUCUGUAAUGCACGCUGAGGAAGCGUGAACGAAAGGGAAUGUGCAGCGGGUGCGCAGUUGAGUAUUUGUUUUUUUGGAACCUGUAUGCUUCUUGCUGGGUGGCCCUCGGUUCUGCGAAGAGACUCCCGUUGUCU